CCACGGGGAAGGGGAGCUUAGGUCACCCUGCCUGUGGUGUGGCCCCAAGGGCAGCCCCAGGCUGGUGAGUGAGUGGCAAAAGGGCAGGACAGCAGCCCAGAGCAGCUGAGGUGUCCAAGGGCCCUGGGAAGGCCCAGAGCUACCCUUCCUCUCCCCCCACACCCCAACCCAGAGACUGCAGCCUUGCAGCACUGAUGGGGGACCAAGGUCCUACCACAGGGCUCUUGCUGCCCCGGGCCGUGGUCCCCAGCGCAGGAGGGGCCAGGUGGAACCCCACAUCUGAAGCCUCACUACCCUCCCCCGACAGCCCCAGGAUUCCUGAAGGCUCAGUUACCCGGGAGACAGGCCUGCCCUGCUGGCCCAAGCAAAGAUGGGGGGUCCGAGAGGGCUCGGCCUCUGCCGAGCCCUGCUGGGGUAAAUCUCCAGAGGCCCCGGGCCUCAUCCUCCCCUCAGGGCUCUCAGCCCACCUCCCCUCCCCCAAGCCUCGUCCCUCAGAGCUGCUUGAACCUCCGUCUGUCCCUACCCCCCAUGUGGGUCUCCUGCUUCCCUGUCAUGGGGACACUGGGCGGGCACUGGGCCUCACCCCAAGCCCCGCCUGCCUUCUCACCCACUCCCAGUGGCUCCCCAGGGCAGAACUGUGCCCAGACGGGUGGGGCGGGGCCUGGCAGGCCCGGCUCCUUCUUCAGCCUCUUCUGUCCUUUCAGUGGGGCCAGCAGGCUGCCGUCAAGAGGGUGCCGCCUUCCCAGGCUCCCCCUUUCCCAGCCCUGGCCCCCACAAGCCUGGACCCAGCUUCCCUCACCUCCACUUCUGGGUCCUGUCUCCUCCUGAGCCUCCUUCCUGCCCGGUCUGAGCAGGGUCAUGGCCUUGAGAGUAGGUGACCACAGCCAGGCUGCAACCAACGGGCUGAAGGGGAAGGUGCUGACGCUGGACACCAUGAACCCGUGUGUCCGGAGGGUGGAGUACGCGGUGCGAGGCCCCAUCGUGCUGCGGGCGCUGGAGCUGGAGCAGGAGCUGCGCCAGGGUGUAAAGAAGCCCUUCACUGAGGUCAUCCGAGCCAACAUCGGGGAUGCACAGGCCAUGGGGCAGAAGCCUAUCACCUUCCUGCGGCAGGUCCUGGCCCUCUGCAUCCACCCUGAUCUCCUGAACAGCCCUGACUUCCCCGACGACGCCAAGAGGAGGGCGGAGCGCAUCUUGCAGGCGUGUGGGGGCCACAGCCUGGGGGCCUACAGCAUCAGCUCCGGCACCCAGCUGAUCCGCGAGGACGUGGCGCGGUACAUCGAGCGGCGUGAUGGAGGCGUUCCCGCCGACCCCAACAACAUCUUCCUGUCCACGGGGGCCAGCGAUGCCAUCGUGACGGUGCUGAAGUUGCUGGUGGCCGGCGAGGGUCGCACGCGCACAGGCGUGCUCAUCCCUAUCCCUCAGUAUCCCCUGUACUCCGCCGCGCUGGCCGAGCUCAACGCGGUGCAGGUGGACUACUACCUGGAUGAGGAGCGCGCCUGGGCGCUCGACGCGGCCGAGCUGCGGCGCGCGCUGCGCCAGGCGCGUGGCCACUGUCGCCCCCGCGCGCUCUGCGUCAUCAACCCCGGCAACCCCACCGGGCAGGUGCAGACCCGCGAGUGCAUCGAGGACGUGAUCCGCUUCGCUUUUGAGGAGGGGCUCUUCCUGCUGGCCGAUGAGGUGUACCAGGACAACGUGUACGCCGAGGGCUCGCAGUUCCACUCGUUCAAGAAGGUGCUCACGGAGAUGGGGCCGCCAUACGCUGCGCGGCAGGAGCUCGCCUCGUUCCACUCGGUCUCCAAGGGCUACAUGGGCGAGUGCGGCUUCCGCGGCGGCUACGUGGAGCUGGUGAACAUGGACGCCGCGGUGCAGCGGCAGAUGCAGAAGCUGCGGAGCGUGCGGCUGUGCCCGCCCACGCCGGGCCAGGUCCUGCUGGACGUGGUGGUCAGCCCGCCCGCGCCCUCCGAGCCCUCCUUCGCGCAGUUCCAGGCGGAGAGGCGGGCGGUGCUGGCCGAGCUGGCGGCCAAGGCCAAGCUCACGGAGCAGGUCUUCAACGAGGCUCCGGGCAUCCGCUGCAACCCGGUGCAGGGCGCCAUGUACUCCUUCCCGCGCGUGCAGCUGCCCCCGCGCGCGGUGCAGCGCGCUCAGGAGCUGGGCCUGGCUCCCGACAUGUUCUUCUGCCUGCGCCUGCUGGAGGAGACCGGCAUCUGCGUGGUGCCUGGGAGCGGCUUCGGGCAGCGGGAAGGCACCUACCACUUCCGGAUGACCAUUCUGCCCCCCAUGGAGAAGCUGCGGUCCCUGCUGGAGAAGCUGCGCCAGUUCCAUGCCAAGUUCACCCGCGAGUACUCCUGAGGACCCCGGCGGGGUCCAGGCUUGGCCGGCAGGGACGACCCCGACUGACAGCGCUCAGGGCCCCGGGGUCUCUGCAGCCCUCUGGACUUGCUCCUGCCGUCUGUGUGGCUGGCCGCCUGCCUCUCUGCAGGCCCCUAAUAAAGCGGUGGGCUGGCCGGGCUGCUCGGAGGCUGCGUGCA